UCCAGAGUUCCAGAUCCAGGGACCCAGCAGCUGAUUCGCCCGACCUCAUCGCCGAGUCCCUCUAAACCCAAACCCGUCCUCCUUGCUCCGGCGCGACGACGAGUCACCCGGCCCGCGCGAUGGCCGACGGCGCCAGCAGCAGCGGCGGUGCGCGGGACGGGGGCGAGUCGGUGGUGAUUGACUACGGCCGGCGCCGCACGACCUGCGGCUACUGCCGAUCCUCCGGGCCCACGAGCAUCUCCCACGGUAUGUGGGCUAAUAGUCUGAAAGCUGAUGAUUACCAAGCUCUCCUUGACCGUGGGUGGAGGAGAUCUGGUUGUUUUCUCUACAAACCUGAGAUGGAACGGACAUGCUGUCCCUCGUAUACGAUACGCUUGAAGGCAAAUGAUUUCAUUUGUUCCAAAGAGCAUGGUCGUGUGCUUAAAAAGAUGCAAAGGUUCCUUGAUGGUGAACUUGAUCCACAGGUUGGAAGUCCACAAUGUAAGGCAAGCCCUACAAAACGUUCACUCAGUGAACCUUUGAACUCACCUACCUCAAAAGUAUCUAAGGUAUCAGCAAAUGAGUUUCAAGCAGCCACAUGCCCAAAUUUCUUGAAAGAAGAUGAGUUCAUCUGUUGUUUGUCAAACAAAAUCAAUGAGGCAAUUGAUACAUACUUCCAAGGGGUAAUAUUAGAUUCUACAGUUCAACUCCCCAAAGCUGUUGUGAAGACUGUUAAACCUCAGGUCAAGAAGAAAGUAGGAGAAGCAAUGCAAGAAAAUAAAGCAGGAGUGCAAGAUUUGGUGUAUACAUGUAAUAUAAGUUUCCAGAUAAUGGCAGCAGUCAGACGUGCAUUGCCUAAAGAAAAAAAUGCUAAUCAAACUGAAGUACUAGCAGAUCUUUCUCCAAAUUCUGUUGCAGAAAAGCUGGUCAUGACAAUGGAACGUCUUGGAGGACUAGCUGGUUUUGAAGUUAAAGCUUGCAAUGGCCAUCUUAAUUUCUAUUCGGCCGCCAAUCUGGCAAUGCAGAACCAUACCAGUGUUGUUGUACCUGCUCAAGCUUCAGAUAAAGCUAGUAGGUCAAAGCAAAGUGCUGUGAACAAAAUUUCUGCAAAACAUCCUCAAAAAAGGAAAAGCCUGGAGAUUAGGAUGAGCACAUCUCAUUUUGACCAAGAGGAGUUUGUUUUGUACCGAAAGUAUCAGACAAAGGUGCAUAAGGAGAAGACAGUUACGGAAAGCUCAUACAGGAGAUUUCUAGUAGAUACACCAAUCGUGUUUGUCCCCCCAAAGAGUGGUGAUAAUACAGUUCCACCAUGUGGGUUUGGGUCUUUUCAUCAGCAGUACAGGAUUGAUGGAAAACUUGUGGCUGUUGGUGUAGUUGAUAUCCUUCCUAAAUGUUUGUCAAGCAAGUACUUGUUCUGGGAUCCUGACUUUGCUUUCCUAUCACUUGGAAAGUAUACAGCUCUGAAGGAGAUAGAUUGGGUCAAGACAACACAGGAACACUGUCCCAGCCUUCAGUACUACUAUCUUGGUUACUAUAUACAUUCUUGCAACAAGAUGAGAUACAAAGCUGCAUAUCGACCAUCAGAACUUCUGUGUCCAGUCCGUUACGAGUGGAUUCGCUAUGAUUUAGCCAAGCCUCUACUGGAUAAGAGUCAAUAUUCCAUUCUGUCUGAUUAUGCUACAAUGCAAGAUGAAACCCCCCAGCCUCAGAUUUGUGGCCCUUCAGAUGACUCUUCAGCAAAAAUUGACCACCAUGAGUCUCCCAGCGACGAGGAUGACGAAGAUCUAAACGACUAUGAAUCAGAAAUAAUGGUUGAUGAAGUGUUAGUUGAUUCAGAAAAAGCCGAUACAACCGAGUGUGGUUCCAGCAUAAAGGACAUUGAAAAUAUCACCCUAGACCUCAAUGGCUCUAAAGUUAAAUAUAAGGUACAUACACAUAAUCUGACCUCAAAUAUGAAAGAUGAACAUGGUCCUAGGCGCGCUGUGAACAGGAAUGGGGGCAUGUCGGCAGCAGACACUGAUUUUGCAUUUGUAGUCUUCAUCAGGAAAUUAGCCAGGACCUUCAGCAAGUGUUUGGGCCAAUCGAGAGGCGACACGUCAAUGCGCUAGGAGGUCAACUGAGCAGAUACGCCAAAGUUGUUGGGAAGGAGCUGUCUGAUCGGAUGGUAUAUUGCCUGUCUUGAUACGCAGCCGUGCCCCAGAGCUCUGUUGUGCUAUGCCUAUGAAAAAGGUGCCCGUCUCGUUUAUUCAGAAAAAAGGUCCAACUCGGUACGACUGUCGCAUGUUUAUGGCCGUCGAUUUUUUUGGUUGUAAAAGACACGAAGAGCUCACGGUCUAAUAGGAUUGCACGACACAUUGUCUGGUCGAUUCUGUGUUCAUUUGUGUACUGGCAUUCUAGCCUUCUGUGCUGGAUCAGCACGGUCUACGCUGAAGAGGAAAUCGGCGAUUCAAUUC